GGAUUAAGGGGUUAAAUCAUUUUGGGAAGUUUUUCGUGUUUUACAAAGAGUCUGCUUUUUUUAAUGUCUUUUAAAUGCAUGCCGUUUCUUUUCAACACAUAUUGAGUGACAGCACAGGAUAGAUUUGCACUUUAAUGCUUGUACUUUAAAUAAUUUAAAAAUUAAACUAGUGAAGACUAAAAGUUCAGUAAAAUUGUUUCAAACUUGUGAGACCAGUUACAGUAUCCCAUAUACAAAAAAAAUGUGCAUAAAAUCUUAAAAUCAUAAUUUAAAACAAACACACAAUGACACAUAAUGUGUUCUUUUCACCAUUGCAGGUUAUGUACUGUACCCAACUUGUCAAGGACAGAACAAAUGCAGAAGGGAUGGUGCAAGGAAGGAGAGAUUGAGACGGGGGAGGGAGGAAAGAUCAGACCUAGCCUUUAACCUGUGGCAGCAGAAGCAGCAUUCUUGAUCCAUGACAGUGAAACAGCAAGUGCUUAGUGUCCAUAAGUCUGUAGGAUUCAUCUGAAGGAUUCACCAUCCACGCUAAACUACCAGAUGGGAAGAGAUUAUUAUGAGGAAGCCGUUAGAUACUCUGGACCCUGCAAGGAAUCGGGGAGUAUAUUGUUCCUGUCAGGUUUAAGUAGAGUGGGCGUGUGAUCAUGUCCGGCACUCCAUAGUUUUCAGACCACCGGACCCCUGAGCUGCCCGUCAACCAUGGAUCCAGUGCUCCCCAGUGUUAAACUGGGGUCAGAUCGUACCCCUCUGCAGCGGAACAGCAAGCGUCAUCGGGUGCAUCACGUAAGGAGGAAACUACGUCCUUCUCGGAUUUUUGGUUUUAUUCUGAGCAUCUCUGCCCUCUCAUUGUUCCUGUCUUGGAGUGCCUUUACUUUCACUUUGGGCCCAUUCCCAAGAUGGACGCCACUCACCUUUCUCACCAACCAUGAUGGACUUGCAGAGUCAGUGCCACACAGAACUGUCCUAUCUUCAGUCUCUGAGCACAAUGUUUCGGCAGAUGUGCCCAUCGCUAUGGCCUCAUCCAAUGAGCACAAGGGAGACUAUCCAGAGGAUCUGUUCACACUGGAGGAGAGGAGGCAAGGUGCAGUCGUGCUGCAUAUGUUCGGCAUGAUGUACAUGUUCAUUGCCCUUGCUAUCGUCUGCGACGAGUUUUUUGUCCCCGCUCUCACCGUAAUCACAGAAAAACUGCAGAUCUCGGAUGACGUAGCGGGUGCCACCUUUAUGGCCGCUGGAGGCUCUGCUCCCGAGCUCUUCACCUCUGUGAUAGGUGUGUUCAUCUCACACAGCAACGUGGGCAUCGGGACCAUCGUGGGUUCUGCUGUCUUCAACAUCUUGUUCGUCAUCGGGAUGUGCGCUCUCUUUUCACGCGAGAUCCUCAACCUCACCUGGUGGCCUCUGUUCAGAGAUGUCACCUUUUAUAUCAUUGGACUUAUUAUGCUUAUCGUUUUCUUCCUGGAUAACUACAUUACCUAUGUCGAGAGCAUUGGACUGUUACUCUGUUACGCAAGCUAUGUCACUUUCAUGAAGUACAAUGUGACUGUAGAGACUGUAAUCAAGACUAAAUUGCUCAGGAAUCAAGUGGACGACAUUGAAGCUCCUCCUAAGGUUAUCCCUGAUGAUGAGAAUAAACUCUCGGCUAAACCCCGCCUCCAGAGGGGAGGAAGCUCCGCCUCCCUCCACAACACCCUCAUGAGAAACAGCAUCUUCCAGCUAAUGAUUCAUACUCUCGAUCCUCUCAGCGAAGGGAGGUUCAAGGAGAAGGCAUCAAUUCUACACAAGAUUGCAAGAAAAAAGGGACAAGAUGAGGCAAAUGGUGUUGUUGACAAGAAUCUUCAGAACAGCACUAAUGUGGAGGUUGAAGUCACUCCACCUAUGAAUGGCAGUGCUGGAGCUGAGGCUGCUGAGGAGGAGGAGGAAGAUGAAGACCAGCCUCUGAGCUUGGCUUGGCCAGACACACCGAGGAAGCAAGCAACAUACCUCUUCAUCUUCCCCAUCGUCUUUCCAUUGUGGCUGUCGCUGCCAGAUGUUCGCAGAGAUACAUCAAAAAAGUUAUUUCCGAUCACAUUUUUGGGAUCUAUUUCUUGGAUUGCUAUUUUCUCUUACCUGAUGGUCUGGUGGGCUCAUCAGGUUGGUGAGACUAUUGGAAUCACAGAAGAGAUCAUGGGUUUGACUAUUCUAGCGGCUGGUACCUCCAUUCCUGAUCUCAUCACCAGUGUUAUUGUUGCUCGGAAGGGUCUCGGCGACAUGGCCGUCUCCAGCUCAGUCGGCUCCAACAUAUUUGACAUCACUGUGGGCCUGCCUUUUCCAUGGCUGCUCUUUUCAUUCCUGAACGACCUGACUCCAGUGACCGUGAGCAGCAACGGCCUGUUCUGCGCCAUCGUUCUGCUCUUCCUCAUGCUCCUCUUCGUCAUCAUCUCCAUCGCUGUGUGCAAGUGGAAGAUGAGCAAGCUGCUGGGUUUCCUCAUGUUCCUGCUCUACUUUGUGUUCCUGGUGGUCAGCGUAAUGCUGGAGGACAAGAUCAUCAUCUGCCCGGUCUCCAUUUGAUUUCUUUAUCGCGCACGCCGUUGUUCAUUUUCUGGGAACAAACCCUUAUUUAUUGGGCAUCCGAAUGAUAACAUGAGAACUUGACUGCAGCUGCACUGUGGCACUGCAUAUUUAUAUCCACUGAAGUCUGAGUAGCAGGGCUUUCCAAGCAGUAGUUUGUAAUGGGAAAGUAGUGCAAUAUUCUGCAUGCACUCUCAAAAGCAGUACAUAUAGACUUGAUGUACUGUAGAUUUAAGCCAUUUCCAAUACACUGUAUGAAGAAGAUGGACUUUAAGAGCAAAGAGACACAACUUCCAGAGAGGAAGUGGACAUCUAUGGGGAAUGUCCACAGACUCAGGAAAGGACAUUUGGUGAAAAUAUGCAAUAAUAAAUCGAUCACGAUCCUGGUACUGUACUUUAAAGCUCACGAUAGCAUAAGCCUUGUGUUGCACAGUAACUUUAAAAGAAGGACGAAACAAAGCUUUAUAUUUGCUUGGCCUGAACGCUGGUUCCUUUCUGAUUGUUACUUCAGCAUUUUCAUUUUAUUGAAUAUACUUGUAGACAAAGUCAGAAAUCUAUUCUUAACAAAAUAUUUUAGGACUAAAUGUAAGAUUUAUGUUGCUGAAUUGCAUAUAAAACGUCCCACUGUCCAUUUGGAUGAAAAAGUUUUAACAAUCUUAUAAACUUCAUGUAACACAUAUGAGGGUUUUUAUAGGAUAACUAGAACGACAACAACAAAAAUGUUUUUGUUGAGUGCAGAAAUCUAACCUGUUUCUUUUCAUUCAUGUAUGAUUGGCAAAUGUGCAUUACAUUCAUUGGAUUAUGUUAAAACUCUGUAGUUUUUAUGUGCAAUGUCAAUACAUAAAUCUUAAAUUUAGGUCCAAUCUUUUUUUUUUUAAGUCUAGAACGGCAAAUAAUCAGUAUCCAGCUCAACGAUUUGGAGUGCUUGCUGUACUAUUGAAUAUAAUUAACCACAUUAAUUGUUAUUUGCAAAUGCAAUAUUUUAUAUGUUUAUUCUCUGGGACUGAUAUUUAAUUUUGUGUGAUUCGUUUAGCAAAAUCCAAUAAAUGAAUGAAUAGUCCAA